UACCAACUACUACUAGCACCAUGGCAUCUGCAAGCAGUUCUGCACAGGCUGCCUUCGGGCUGGGUCGGAGGAAGAAGAACCCCAGCCUCCUGGAUCAGAUUGGAAAGUUCUUUGGGGGAGACAAGAAGAGGAAGAGUAAGGGAUCGUUCCGAGGUGCUCUGUCUCCAGCCCCUCAGAAAGCCUCUGCAACCUCCCCACGUAAGCGUGGAGGAGAGAAUGCUGUGGUCCAUUUCUUCCGCACGAUCGUGUCCCCUGCCCGUCCUAAGUCUAGGUGGAGACGACUAGCAGCCAAAAUAGGCCUGGGCCACCAGAAGUCACACUCUGCUAAAGCCAAGAAGGCCGGUGCAGGGGACAGCAGAGGCACCCUGACUAGGAUCUUCAAAAUGUGAUGAUAUCAGCAGCAGAGGAAGCAGGAGUGCUUCUCCAGCCAAGCGCUGAAGUCCCUCUCUUCAACCCUUUCCAACAGCAUGAGGGCAGACUUUCAAGAACACGGGACUAAAGUGGGGACAAAAAGAGGAUGAAAAGGAUGAAAUCUUGUCAUCCCUUAAACUCACCUUCCCAUCCACCUCUGAUAACACUCUAAUGUACGCUAAAUCCCUCCCCCCUCCUAUUACUGUCCCUUCUCUUUGGCUGGUACUGUAGAUAGCAACACAAUCUGUUGCCCCCUUCUCCACCCCUGCAUGCUUUGUGCUGAGUCUGUGCAGUCAUCAUCAUAGAUGUGUUUGCUGAAGUUCAUCCUGGAGCCGCUCACAUGUUGCCUGAUUGACCCCCUGACCCCUGCUAUGGCUCUCUCUAUGUGUGUGUGCUUGAGUGUCUGUGUCUUUGAUGGUUUAUCUAACAAAAGGUGGCUAAACUGAAGCAGACCUGGAGCAGUUGAAGGUUAAGGCCGGUGCAAGUCCAACUGACUUGGCCGUUGUUGCCGCUUGCUGAUUAGAUGAAAAGACCAGGCAGCUUCUGGUUGAGUAGAAUGGUUUUCUGUCUUGUCACACUGUCUCUGUCACUCCGUCAAUCCUUGUCUUACACCCACACUUAAACCUGUGUUUGAGUUUUGGGGUAGUUUUAACAGAUUUUACAUUAUUAUGAGAGCCAUUUUCGUUGUAGUGUGUUUUCAUUCAACCCUUGUGUCUUAGCUGUAGUUACAGUAAGUGUUCUGUCAUGAAUUUGAUGUUGAUGUAUGUUUGUUAUUAAAGCUGGCUAUGGAUUUUGUGGUAAAGGAUACAUUUUUAAAACUUCUAAAUCAAUUUACUUCAAUAGUCACUGAAAAAACUGAUAAAUGAAUAAUUUCUAAUGUUUUAUUUCUUUUCAGUCCAUGAGAAAAUGAUACAUCCUAAUUUGCAUCUCCAUAUGUAUAACAAAGUUACUUGUUUAUGUACUAUUUUCUACUUCUAAAAUGACCAAAGUCUGAAUCUGAAGCAUGGUGCCAGACUCAGACCUUUCUUUCUUUCUUUCCUCUAUCUUUGGCUUUACUCUUUUAUCUUAUGCACAACACACAGCGGCUACUGUACAUGAAAGUUGCAAAAACCCUCACUUAACAAGUGUCUUUCCUUUUGACUACCAAAAACAACGUGCCUAGUGUUUCCUUUUAGUGGAUAAUUAAAACACAAACACAAUUUCAAAAAGGUGCUCUGUAACUAACUUUGUAAUGAGACAUUAUGAUGUGUUACUUGGGAAUGUGCGAGUUGAUAGAUGUAGUUGUCCACUGAAACAAAGCUCAGCACUACCACUUGUGCUGUUCCAAACACCCAUCUUCCAAAAGCAGGCAUGUGUGACGAUGUGUGGCGUUCAUCUCUCCUACUGUCCGUGUGUGCUUGAGUCUCGUGAAUGCUGUGUAUGUGUAGUGUAGUUUUUUUAAUGGGUCCUGUGAAUGAAUGUAAAAAUCCUACUUAUUAUUGCAUGUAUAAUAAAGCAUGACCAGCUAUUUAACUGAGAAUAAAAAAAAAUAAACAUUUUAAAACCAA